ACAACAUAUAUACCUCAUCAACCCUCCAUCCUUAUCGGAUCAUCAAAGCAAAUCAAUCCUUAUAAAUUUUGGCUUCCAGCGAUUGAUCUUAUUAACAACAACAGAUAUGGGUGUUCUUGGAGUCAUUGCAAAACGUUUGGAUGCACUGAUCGGGCCUGGGAUCAUGCUACUUUUCCCCUUAUAUGCAUCAUUGCGAGCCAUUGAGAGUCCAUCAACCCUAGAUGACCAGCAAUGGCUGACGUACUGGAUAAUAUACUCCUUCAUAACCCUCUUCGAGCUAUCCUUUUACAAAGUACUAGUCUGGUUUCCAUUGUGGGGAUACAUGAAGCUGUUGCUGUGUGCGUGGUUGGUGCUUCCGAUGUUCAACGGGGCGGCUUAUGUUUAUGAGAAGCACGUCAGGCGAUACAUCAUCAACAAUAUUAAUAUUGGUGGGAGACUACUAUUCUCCUCCUCCUCCUCCUCCGCUGCUUACUCCGAUGAGCAAAAGAAACUUCUGCAGAUGAUGACUUUCGACGCAAGAAAAGCUGUCGUUCAAUACGUUGAUAAGUAUGGUUGGGAUUCUGUGGAACGAGCUAUCAAGGCCGCUGAGAGAGAAACCAAGAAGCACUGAUGAUCAAGACAAUGUCAUAUCUCUUUCAACUAUAGUCUAUACACACACAAAGAUGACAGAGAGAUACAGGACAGGCGUUUGUAAAUAUACUAGAGGAACCGA